CAAAAGGAGCUCAGGGAUAGUGCCCAGACAGAGUUCAAGCCCCACGACCGACAAAAAUACAACCUUAAAAGUGGUUGAAUUUCAUCUAUAAAUGUCUAUAUUAGUACCUGAAUAGAGCUGGCCUGCAAAUAAUGUAUAGGACACUCGCCAGUUGUCACUUCCUGCCUUCCACUGAUUCCAAAAAGCCACCAUGCCGCACCUCUUUUUCCUCUUUGCUCCGCCUGCUGCCGUAAGUGAUCUGCCCGCACUGUCGUGAAACGCUUCUCCCCGCCCUCACUGUCGUGAAACGCUUCUCCCCGCCCUCCGGGUGGCAAAAACGCAGUCACGCUUGACGGCACGAGGUGGCUCAGCCGCAAGAUGGCGGCGCUGGCGGAGGAGCAGACGGAGGUGGCGGUCAAGCUAGAACCCGAGGGUCCGCCGACGCUGCUGCCUCCUCAGGCGGGCGAUGGCGCGGGCGAGGGCGGCAGCGGCGCUCCCAACAACGGCCCCAACGGCGGCGGCGGGCAUGUAGCGGCGGCGGCAGCGGCGGCCGGCGGGGAUGGCGGGACCCCCAAGCCCGUGGUGGCCGUGUCCGCCGCUACUCCAGCGGGGGCGGCCCCGGUGCCCGGCGCCGCGGCGGAGUCGGGCUCUCCUCACGACCGGCAGACGCUGCUGGCGGUGCUGCAGUUCCUCCGGCAGAGCAACCUCCGGGAGGCCGAGGAGGCGCUGCGGCGUGAGGCCCGGCUGCUGGAGGAGGCAGCGGCGGGCUCCGGAGCCCCGGGAGAGGUGGACGGGGCCGGCGCCGAGGCGGCAAGCUCGCUCCUCAGCCGGGUCACGGCCUCGGCCCCCGGCUCCGCGGGCCCCGAUCCUCCGGGCACCGGCGCUUCGGGAGUCACGGUCGUCUCGGGCUCAGCCUCAGGUCCCGCCGCGUCGGGGAAAGUUGGAAGUGUAGCUGUGGAAGACCAGCCAGAUGUCAGUGCUGUCUUGUCGGCCUACAACCAACAAGGAGACCCCACAAUGUAUGAAGAGUACUAUAGUGGACUGAAACACUUCAUUGAAUGUUCUCUGGACUGCCAUCGGGCAGAAUUAUCCCAACUCUUUUAUCCUCUGUUUGUACACAUGUACUUGGAGCUAGUCUAUAAUCAACAUGAAAAUGAAGCAAAAUCAUUCUUUGAGAAGUUCCAUGGAGAUCAGGAAUGUUAUUACCAGGAUGACCUACGAGUAUUAUCUAGUCUUACCAAAAAGGAACACAUGAAAGGGAAUGAAACCAUGUUGGAUUUUCGAACAAGUAAAUUUGUUCUGCGUAUUUCCCGUGACUCGUACCAACUCUUGAAGAGGCAUCUUCAGGAGAAACAGAACAAUCAGAUAUGGAACAUAGUUCAGGAGCACCUCUACAUUGACAUCUUUGAUGGGAUGCCGCGUAGUAAGCAACAGAUAGAUGCGAUGGUGGGAAGUUUGGCAGGAGAGGCUAAACGAGAGGCAAACAAAUCAAAGGUAUUUUUUGGCUUGUUAAAAGAACCAGAAAUUGAAGUGCCUUUGGAUGAUGAAGAUGAAGAAGGAGAAAAUGAAGAAGGAAAACCUAAAAAGAAGAAGCCCAAAAAAGAUAGUAUUGGAUCCAAAAGCAAAAAACAAGAUCCCAAUGCUCCACCUCAAAACAGAAUUCCUCUUCCUGAGCUGAAAGAUUCAGAUAAAUUGGAUAAGAUCAUGAAUAUGAAAGAAACCACCAAACGAGUGCGACUUGGGCCAGACUGCUUACCUUCUAUUUGUUUCUAUACAUUCCUAAAUGCUUACCAGGGCCUCACUGCAGUGGAUGUCACUGAUGAUUCUAGUCUGAUUGCUGGAGGUUUUGCAGAUUCAACUGUCAGAGUGUGGUCUGUGACACCCAAAAAGCUUCGUAGUGUUAAACAAGCAUCAGAUCUUAGCCUCAUAGACAAAGAAUCAGAUGAUGUCUUAGAAAGAAUCAUGGAUGAGAAAACUGCAAGUGAGUUGAAGAUUUUGUAUGGUCACAGUGGGCCUGUCUAUGGAGCCAGCUUCAGUCCCGAUAGGAAUUACCUGCUUUCCUCUUCAGAGGAUGGAACUGUUAGAUUAUGGAGCCUUCAAACAUUUACUUGCUUGGUGGGAUAUAAAGGACACAACUACCCAGUAUGGGACACACAGUUUUCUCCAUAUGGAUAUUAUUUUGUUUCAGGGGGCCAUGACCGAGUUGCUCGACUCUGGGCCACAGACCACUAUCAGCCUUUAAGGAUAUUUGCUGGCCAUCUUGCUGAUGUGAAUUGUACAAGAUUCCAUCCCAAUUCAAAUUAUGUGGCUACGGGCUCUGCAGACAGAACUGUGAGGCUCUGGGAUGUUUUGAAUGGUAACUGUGUAAGGAUCUUCACUGGACACAAGGGACCAAUUCAUUCCUUGACAUUUUCUCCCAAUGGGAGAUUCCUGGCUACAGGAGCAACAGAUGGCAGAGUACUCCUUUGGGAUAUUGGACAUGGUUUGAUGGUUGGAGAAUUAAAAGGCCAUACUGAUACAGUCUGUUCACUUAGAUUUAGUAGAGAUGGUGAAAUUUUGGCCUCAGGUUCAAUGGAUAAUACGGUCCGGUUAUGGGAUGCCAUAAAAGCAUUUGAAGAUUUAGAGACUGAUGACUUUACUACAGCCACUGGCCAUAUAAAUUUACCUGAGAAUUCACAGGAGUUAUUAUUGGGUACAUAUAUGACCAAAUCAACACCAGUUGUACACCUCCAUUUUACUCGAAGAAACUUGGUUCUGGCUGCAGGAGCUUAUAGUCCGCAAUAAAUCAACGGUAUUAAAGACCUUUUGGAAGCUACUGUUUGAAAAAGGGAGACUAAAAGCAAAUACCUCAGUGUUUAAUAUUUAAGCUACAAAGAAUGUUGUCUAUAUGGAUCUUGAAGUAUGCUGCUUUGAAAAUCUGAACAGGAUAGUUCCACGUUUUUAUAGCAACCACAUUUAACUAAUUUCCGUUAGUUGAAUAAGAGGUAUUACGUUCGUGGAAGAGACAUUAUGGUGCUUCGGAUUGUGUGGAAACUAUGCAUUUUCUGUUCAAAUGCUAUUUUAAUUUAUUAUGUUUAGAAAAAAGAAGUUUG